AAGAUGUCCCCAGCCAACACACUAAGUCCCGGGGCGGGCGCGAGCCCUAACAGCGACAGCAAAUCCGCCGUCAAGGCAAAACGAGAGGCGGAAAAGGAGCGCCAGAAGGCCGAAAAGGCGAAGCGACUUGCCGAGAAAGAAGCAAGAAAGAAACAAGUAGUCGUUCCCAAACCCCCGUCGACCAAGCGUCAACACUGGUCCAGGGCCGCGCUGAACGGGCCACUGCCGGAAUAUGUGGAGGAAACUCCCAAAAGAGAGAAGAAGAUCCUCAAGCCCUUUGACAACCCCUUCAACGAUGCAUAUAUCCCAAAAGUGGUCGAAUCGGCCUGGAAUGACUGGUGGGAGGCGGAGGGAUUUUUCCAGCCCCAGUUCGACGGCGUCGACCAAAAGCCAAAGCCUGCCGGCACGUAUGUCAUCCCGAUUCCGCCUCCCAAUGUGACAGGCGCGCUACACUGUGGACAUGCGCUGGGUACGGCGUUGCAGGAUUGCUUGGUUCGAUGGCAUCGGAUGAGGGGGUUUACUACGCUCUAUCUUCCGGGAUGUGAUCAUGCCAGUAUAUCCACCCAGAGUGUGAUUGAGAAUAUGCUGUGGAGGAGGGAGAAGAAGACAAGACAUGAUCUUGGACGAGAACAGUUUCUUCAUAGGGCGUUGGAGUGGAAAGAAGAAUACCAUUCGAAGAUUACCAACGUGCUCAAAAGACUAGGAGGCUCAUUCGACUGGACCCGCGAAGCGUUCACCAUGGAUGAGAACCUCUCCACCGCGGUGGCAGAGUGUUUCGUCCGGUUCCACGAAGAAGGAUACAUCUACCGAUCGAGUCGGUUAGUGAACUGGUGCGUGCACUUCAACACCGCCAUCUCAAAUCUGGAGGUGGACACCAAAGAGCUGAAAGGACGGACAUUGCUCGAUGUCCCGGGGUACGAACGACCCGUGGAAUUCGGAGUCCUGGUUUAUUUCCGGUACCAGGUCCAAGGAUCCGAGGAGACAAUUGAGAUUGCUACCACACGCCCGGAAACUAUAAUGGGAGAUACCGCGGUUGCUGUACAUCCGGACGAUGCGCGGUAUAAACAUCUCAUUGGUCGGAAGAUUCAACACCCCUUCGUUGGUCAUCUGCUCACCAUCAUUGCGGAUGACUAUGUGGAUCCGGGGUAUGGGACGGGAGCGGUGAAAAUCACACCGGCGCAUGAUGCCAAUGAUUAUGAGAUUGGGAAGCGGCAUAACCUCCCCUUUAUCAGCAUUUUGAACGAUGAUGGGACCCUGAAUGCUAACGGGGGGAAGUAUGCGGGCCAAAGACGGUUCGACGUUCGGUAUGCCGUGGUCGAGGAUUUGAAGGAGUUGGGUCUCUUCGUCAAGAAAGAGAGCAAUCCCAUGAAAGUGCCACUGUGCGUCAAAUCAAAAGAUGUCAUAGAACCUCUGAUGAAGCCGCAGUGGUGGAUGCGUACCCGCGAACUGGCGGACGAAGCCAUGCGAGUGGUUCGGGACGGUGAGAUCAAGAUCCAGCCGGAUGUCGCGCGCAUAAAUUACUUUCGCUGGCUGGAGAACAUCAAUGACUGGUGUCUCUCGCGCCAGCUCUGGUGGGGACACCAGAUACCUGCGUACCUCGUUGAUCUGGAGGGUCGGUCAAGCGACGAAACUGAAAAUACGCUGUGGGUUGCGGGUCGGACAGAAGAAGAGGCCCGCAAAAAGGCCGAAUCCAAGUACCCUGGUCAAGCAUUCACCCUCCGAAGGGAUCCAGAUGUUUUAGAUACGUGGUUCUCCGCAGGUCUUUGGCCAUUUUCCACUCUUGGCUGGCCACGGCAGACUCACGACCUGGAACAUCUCUUCCCAACGUCCUUGCUGGAGACGGGGUGGGAUAUUUUGUUCUUCUGGGUUGCGCGGAUGAUCAUGCUAAGUUUGAAACUGACGGGCAAAGUGCCUUUCAAGGAGGUCUAUUGCCACUCACUGAUCCGCGACUCGGAAGGCCGGAAGAUGUCCAAAUCCUUGGGGAAUGUCAUCGAUCCCGUUGAUGUGAUGGAGGGGAUCGAACUGCAACAACUGCACGACAAACUUCUCUUGGGCAAUUUAGAUCCCCGGGAGCUAAAGGUGGCCACGAAGUAUCAAAAGUCCGCGUUCGCAGAAGGCAUUCCAGAAUGUGGAGCGGAUGCCUUGCGAUUCUCGCUCAUCCAGUACACCACCGGAGGCCCCUCUGACAUAUCCUUCGACGUGAAAGUUAUAUCCGGGUACCGCAGAUUCUGCAACAAGAUCUACCAGGCCGCCAAAUUCGUUGUCAAGAACAUUGGAGACGAAUUCACCCCAUCCCGAGCUCUAACCAGAACGGGCGAUGAAUCUCUGGCCGAGCGAUGGAUGCUGCAUAAACUCAAUACCGCAACACAAAAUGUCAAUCACGCUCUGAGCGAGAAGGAAUUCUCUCGCGCUGCUCAGAUUGUUUACCAAUAUUGGUGGGAUCAUCUGUGUCAAGUUUUUAUUGAGCACUCUAAAUUCUUCAUCCAGAAUGGAUCAGACAAAGAGAGGGCAUCCGUGCGGAAUACCCUAUAUAAUGCCUUAGAUGGCGGACUCAGAAUGGCUCACCCUUUUACUCCAUUCAUCUCCGAGGAAUUGUGGCAGCGCUUGCCUCGACGACCGGAUGAUUCCACGCCGUCGAUCGUCAUAGCGCCGUAUCCAGAAUAUUCUGAAGCUUUGAUCGAUGAUGCUGCCGAAGCGGAGUAUGAGACCGUGACUAAAUGUGUCAAGGGCAUCCGGUCGCUGAUGGCGGGGUAUGGCGUGCAGGAUGAUGCUAAAGUCUACAUCCAUGCAGACGACAGUCAAGCAUACACUCUCAUCCAACAAGAGUCCGGUAGCAUAAAAUCCCUCUCCGGGAAAGCCCUAGGCUCCCUGCACGUCCUCGAACCCACAGACAACCCUCCAGCUGGAUGUGCCGUCCACGUGAGCUCUGCAUCUACGUCGGUAUUCUUGGAGAUCAACGGCCGAAUUGAUACCAGCGAAGCUGUGGAUAAAGCCAAGAAGCAGCUAGAGAAAAUUAGUGAGGCCUUGUCGCGACAGCGCCGGACCAUUGAUGGGGAGGGGUGGGCGGAAAGAGUGGAUGCGAAUGUUAAGGCGGUUGAGUUGAGGAAGCUGAGCGAUUUGGAGGCCGAGUAUAAGAAUGUGGUUGCGACGAUUGAGCAGUUGGGGAUUUCGUGAUUGGAG